AAUUUACCACUUCUUCGCUAAGAAUUUCAAUAAUUUUUAAUAAAUAGUUAUUAGAUUUGUUUUGUCAUCAAUUAUCCACUCUUUGUUUGAUCCAAUCUAUUGGUGAUCUACUCAUAAAUAUUUCAAAUUAACAAUAACUGCAGAAAAUGAAGACUUUUUGAUUGAUAACUCAAGACAUGAAUGCAAUGAGUGGUCACUUUCGGUACACACAAUGGGAUCCGCAGCUCAUUAUAUCGCAAAUCAUUACAAUUCAGUCAUUGUUUUACACUUCUUUGGGAGUCUUGAUAUACGUUAGCGAUUGUCUUACGGGACACUCACCACAACUGAGCCAUAUCUUCAACUAUCAGGAACUGACCUUCAAGUCAGGACACGGAAGACUCAUAAUAUUAUCGUAUUUAGUGAACGCGCUGUUCGGUGCUCUGGUGUUAUGGCAUUUGGUUCAGAGGGCCAAACCGUGUCUCGAUUUUUCAGUUACCACUCAUUUAAUUCAUUUACUCAUUUGCUGGACAUUUAAUGGUCACUUCCCGUCGUCGAUGUGGUGGUGGGUCCUCAACAUCAUGUGUGUCACAAUUACCUGUGUUUGUGGUGAGUAUUUGUGUCUAAAGACUGAACUCAAGUCCAUUCCUCUUACGCUCUCUCAAAAGGCUGACGUUUAGCCACUAUUUUAGACGUUUUAGUCAAUUGUUUUAAUUAAUUAUAAUUUU